AUGGCGAUGGCGGGAGGCGGGGGACUGAACCGGUCAUCGUCGCGGGGGCAGCUGCCGCCGCAGGAGCUGCUCGACGAUCUCUGCAGCCGGUUCGUGCUGAACGUGCCCAAGGAGGACCUGGAGUCGUUCGAGCGGAUUCUGUUCCUGCUGGAGCAGGCGCACUGGUUCUACGAGGACAACUCCGUGGAGCACAACCCCUCCCUCAAGUCCCUCUCCUUCAAGGACUUCACCUCCCUCAUCCUUGUGUGCGCAGUGUUCAACAGCUGCGCCGCCCUCAGGCCCUACCGCGCGCACCUCGACGACAUCUACAAGGACUUCACCCACUACAAGUUCCGCGUCCCCGUCUCCGGCGCCAUCAUCCUCGAUGACAAUUAUGACAGGUGCUUACUUGUGAAAGGAUGGAAGUCUAGUGCAAGCUGGAGUUUUCCCCGUGGAAAGAGGAGCAAAGAUGAAGAGGAUCAUACUUGUGCAGUUAGAGAAGUUCUGGAGGAGACUGGGUGUGAUGUUUCUAAGCUUUUGAAAAUGGAUGACCACAUUGAAGUUUCAAUUGGACAACAAAGAGUUCGACUCUAUAUUAUUACGGGUGUUAAGGAAGAUACUGUUUUUGCACCUCAAACUAAGAAAGAGAUCAGUGAGAUCUCAUGGCACAGAAUUGAUGAUCUUCUACCUGCUAGUGAUGAUGCAAUAUCUCGUGGAGUGAAUGGGAUGAAGCUUUAUAUGGUUGCACCAUUUUUGACGGGUCUAAAAUCAUGGAUAGGCACACAUCGGUCCCAAGUAUAUCAGAAGUCAGAUACAUCUGCUAGAGGUACUGUGUGGAAAGCGAAGAAUCCCUCGGGUGUCUUUGUGCCUGUGGAGAACCCUGUUAUUACUAGAGCAGGGUCUGACGCGCAGAACCCUGUUAUUACUAGAGCAGGGCCUGGCACGCAGAACCCUGUUAUUACUAGAGCAGGAUCUGGCACGCAGCACGUCGACAACCGCCCUGGCAAAAGCUUCAGAAGCUUCAGAUUCGAUACGGCCAGUAUCCUGCAGUCCAUGGAAGCUUCCUUUCUGCGUACCUAA